GUCGCCUUUCCGACUUCCUCUACGGCGCCGAGCGUUUCCGGACUGCGUGACGCUGGGCGAGCUGGAAGCGUGGAUUCGCGGGCUGCGAGGCGCACGCUCGCAUGUUGAACGCUACGGUGCUGCGGAGCGUCGGGCCACCAUGUAAAUGGGAAUAGCAAGAUGUCUACGCAGUGGUGGUGGCCUCCCCAGCAAGCUCAAGUUUCCUGUUGCUAUGUCAUUGGUGAGCUGAGGUGCCUCUGGAGGUCAAUGCCUCCUCCCAGGAAGCCAAGCAAGGGAAGGAGCUGAUCCCAGGAGCUCUGGAAACAGAGCCACAGCCUUCCUCAGUGGUCCCACAGGUCUGAUAAGUUCAUAUGUUUCACCGACUUUGACUUUAGGUUAGCCAGAAGACAAAGCUGGACUCACCCUGACUCCCAGGUACUGUUACCAUUCCUGCUCAAGCUGGGGGAGAAGUGCUGACCCCAGGCAGGCAGCCAUGCUUCCUUCCACACGAGCCACAAAGAAGGGAACCUAGAAGGCUACUGUUGCAAGCCUAGCCCCAGAAUGAGGACCAGCAACAGAUUUCCUACUUGGUCCACAGACCUACCUAUGAAAGAGAAAAUGUGUACUAUUGUGCAGUACUGAUGAGUUUUGAGGCUGCUCAUUACACAGCUGCAGCUGACACAGGAGAGAAAGCUCCCCACUCUAAGGUCCUGCCUCUGCAUCAGCCUAGCUGUACAAACUUCCUUCUUAAAGAAGAUUCAAGCCCUGUCACAUGGCAGUGCCAUCCUUGGAGAUCCAACACAGCUCCUCCUGCGUAGAGCUGCCUUGGAUGGAGGGCUGAAUAUUGGCACUCUAAAAGAUACCCGCAUCCUAAUCUCUGGAUGAGAGGCACAAAGCUGAUGGGGAUGUUGUUCACCCUGGCCAGCUUACUGCAGCUAGCUGUGACCCUGAAAAUUGCAGCCUUUAACAUCCGAACUUUUGGAGAGACCAAGAUGUCCAAUGCCACCCUCUCCAGCUACAUCGUGCAAAUCCUGAGUCGCUAUGACAUUGCCCUCGUCCAGGAGGUCAGAGACAGCCACUUGGUGGUCGUGGGGAAGCUGUUGGAUGAACUCAAUCGAGUCAAACCGGAUACCUACCACUAUGUGGUUAGUGAGCCUUUGGGCCGUAACACCUACAAGGAACGGUAUCUCUUUGUGUACAGACCUGACCAGGUGUCCGUACUGGACAGCUAUUACUAUGACGAUGGCUGUGAGCCCUGUGGGAAUGACACCUUCAGUCGAGAGCCAGCCAUUGUCAAGUUCUUCUCGCCGUUCACAGAGGUCAGGGAGUUUGCGAUUGUACCCCUGCAUGCAGCCCCCGCAGACGCUGUGACUGAGAUUGAUGCGCUCUAUGAUGUCUACCUGGAUGUCCGAAAGAAGUGGGGCCUAGAGGACAUCAUGUUGAUGGGUGAUUUCAAUGCUGGCUGCAGCUAUGUUACUUCCUCCCACUGGUCUUCCAUCCGCCUGCGCACGAGCCCUGCAUUCCAGUGGUUGAUUCCUGACAGUGCUGACACCACUGUUAAAUCUACCCACUGUGCCUAUGACAGGAUUGUGGUUGCUGGAGCUCUGCUCCAGGGUGCUGCUGUUCCCAACUCGGCUGCUCCUUUUGACUUCCAAGCAGCAUAUAGACUCUCCAGCCAGCUGGUAGGUGCCUGUCAUGUGAUUUAGCUCAGACGAGGUCAGGACACAGCUCAGUAAGAGCUGACCUGGGUGAUUUUAGGUUUCAAGUAAGGCUCCCGCCACCUGUUCAUCAUCUUCUCUGGUAUGGAAGAGCCAGCUCUGAUCCCAUGCCCUUCCUCUCUACAGGCUGAAGCCAUCAGUGAUCACUACCCAGUAGAGGUGACACUCAAGAAAACAUGAUGCAUGGAGCAAUACAGCCACAUUGCUUCUGUUAAGAGCCCCACCAAGCAGCCAGCUGUAUGGUGCUGCAGGAUCCUACCCUAUGAGAGCUUGUACAGACUGUACCACAUGGAUUAAAGACUGUUUAAUUGAGGUAAAUAAAGCUCAGAAGGUGGUGGUA